UGUGUCGAACUUGCAGAGGUGUAAUGUAGUAGUAUUGGAGUAUUUUCAUCAUUAACAUUUUUUUUUUAUAACAUUUGUUUCGUCUAUCUUCCCUCCUCCCGCUGUGGGUGAUGCAAGUGGGAUCCGUGUAGUUGUAAUUAACGAGCGACGUCAAUGAAUUGCAUCGCCGGCAAACGGGAGAACUCAAAAGUGCGAGCCUGCAGGAGGGCACGCGAAGGCACCACCGCUCUGAUCCAGCCGAGCACGCGGCCGCGCGCCGCUUCAACGUCCCCCCGGUGACUCCGAGCGACUCUCCGGCCGCCUUUUCCCACUCGUUUUGCCGCUUUUUUCCCCCCGAGGCGCGCCUGCAGGGUUUCGAGCAGCAGCAGCAGCAGCAGCAGCAGCAGAGUCCGAAUCCCGGUUUGCGUUCGCGGAACGAUGCCGCGGAAGUUGCAAAGUGAUGAGCGAGGAUGCUGACGCUUUGCCGGGAGGCUCGCAGGGCUUCUGCGCCGCGGUCAUCCCGCAGCUCAUCCCCUGCUGCUUUGUCUCCACUUGGCCCUCCGACGCCGACCGUGAGCAGCAGUGGGGUUUGCCAGUACUGGACCGGCAGCAGGCCGGCACCAUGAGUGUGUACGGGGCCGGUGGCGGUGCCGCCGGCGGGGCCAGAGAGAGAGGAGCAGCGGAACAUUACCGGGACCAGCAGCGGCGUUCCAGUGACCGCUCCCGUGACUCCUCCCACGAGAGAGGAGAGAGCCAGCUGACGCCGUGCAUCAGGAAUGUCACCUCCCCCACGCAGCAGCACGACCGCGAACGCGGCGACGGAGGCUCCUCCUCCAGGUCCUCCAGUCCCCGCCCUCCCAGGGUUUCCGUUCCCUAUUCUCACCUUAGCGGGCCUCUUAUCGGGGGCCACCUUCCGUGGCCCCUGGUUCCUCCCGGAGCGGAACGCCUCUCACAGCCAGCGGCCCCCGGUCCGUGCGACAUGGUCUAUGUGUAUGACCUCUGCAGCAAAGAGGGGCACCGCAGCGGCCUGCGGCUCGGCGAAAGAGUCACGCUCAUCGUGGAUAACACACGAUUCGUGGUGGACCCCGCCAUCUUCACAGCUCAACCAAACACCAUGCUGGGCAGGAUGUUUGGUUCUGGGCGGGACACCAACUUCACACGGCCCAAUGAGAAAGGGGAGUUUGAGGUGGCCGAUGGCAUCAGCUCCACCGUCUUCAGAGCCAUUCUGGAUUACUACAAGUCGGGGAUAAUCCGCUGCCCUGACGGCGUCUCCAUUCCCGAGCUGAGGGAGGCAUGUGACUACCUCUGUAUCGCCUUCAACUACAGCACCAUCAAGUGCAGAGACCUCAGCGCCCUGAUGCACGAGCUGUCCAACGACGGCGCCCGCCAUCAGUUUGAGUGUUACCUGGAGGAGAUGGUGCUGCCGCUGAUGGUGGCCAGCGCUCAGAGCGGCGAGAGGGAGUGUCACGUGGUGGUGCUGACCGACGACGACGUGGUGGACUGGGACGAGGAGUACCCGCCCCAGAUGGGAGAGGAGUACUCGCAGAUCAUCUACAGCACCAAACUGUACCGCUUCUUCAAGUACAUCGAGAACCGGGACGUGGCCAAGUCCGUUCUGAAGGACCGAGGACUGAAGAAGAUCCGACUGGGAAUAGAAGGCUACCCCACCUACAAAGAGAAGGUGAAGCGGCGUCCCGGAGGGCGCCCCGAGGUCAUCUACAACUACGUCCAGCGUCCCUUCAUCCGCAUGUCCUGGGAGAAGGAGGAAGGGAAGAGCCGCCACGUGGACUUCCAGUGCGUCAAGUCCAAGUCCAGCAGCAACCUGAUCGCGCCCGCCGCAGACAUGCCCCAGGUCCAGCUGGUGGUCAUGCAGCCCCCGGGGCCGCAGGGGGAGGAGCUGGACGCCGUCAACGACGCCCACCAGCAGGCGCUCGGACCGGGCCCGGAGAACAUCGCUGGCCCCCAAGCACCGCUAGGCCGCGAGGGUCCGAACCAGGAGGCUCCUCCUCCCGGUCUGCCCCACGGCAACCAGCGGCAGGGCGGCGGCGGCGGCUACACUCAGGCCACCUACCACUACGAGCCGGACCCGGACACCCCCUCCCCCUCCGCAUGACGCCGGAGACACGUCAUGUGACCUACAGAUGCUCCACGUAGAACUAAACAAACAUGGCAAGUCAGACCCAGGAACCCGACAGCCAAUAAGCACACAACUUUCACGAUGAAGCACCUCCGGCCACUGGAUGCUGGACAGUGUGAAGGCAGACUGUGUCCCCCCGACCCCCCGACCCCCCAAACCCCCCCAGCAAAGCACCACUUUGCCUUGUGUUGCACCGCUGCUGCAGCCUUUCUCAGUCAGCACACGUUCUUUAUUUAUCUGUGUGUGUGUGUGUGUGGAUUUCAGUGCCUCUUUAGUCCAGCUUCACUUUACUUGAGGGAAGUCAGUUGGAUUUGAGGGUCCACUGUGUCUCAUCUUCGUUGCUGUCCACACGAGGAGCCGUCCUGCGGUCCCACGUCUCCGGCGUCCCGGCUGAGCGGCUCUGAGCCGCUUCGUCACUGCUGAGAGUCGAGCACACGUUGUUUUCUAAUAAAUUAUGUUCACAA